CGCGAGCCUCAUAGCGCGGGUGGAUAACCGAACGCGCUUUCCGUACGAUAAUAACAAAGAGAUAUUUUGCAAGUAUCCAAUUACUGUGACCGAUGAUUCGAUUGAGUACUUGUUUACGAUAAGCUAUUAAGUUAUUAACAAAGUAAUGAUAAAGACUUCCUAAAGGAAGAGACAAAAUCACUAUGUUGCCGCUGAUGAUGAUAGGGCUGUUGCCCCUUGUAUGGGGUGCGCCAGAACCUUGCGAGCGAGCACCGGCGCACGCGCAACCCGCUGAUGCACAUUACAAACUAGGAGUGGCUGGAGAUCCUGAUUUAUAUCUACCGGGUGAACUUUAUUCAGUAUCAUUACAAGGAGUAGACGGUGGACAAGGACCCACACCGUUUAUAGGUUUUAUCAUUUGGGCGGAAUUAGAUCAUGGUUUUAAUUCAAGUGCCAAUACUACUAAUGUAACCUUCAGCAAUGAGUCUCCAGGUACCUUUCAGGCGUAUGAUGCCCAAACAAAGCCCCAUGAAUCGUGUUCGCCCGCGGUGGAUAAUGCCACUGCACACCCAAAGACUGAAAUACAGGUAAUAUGGAAUGCGCCAUCCGGUUCAAUUCAGACGUGCGUACGUCUAUGCGCACGUGCGUUCCACCCUGAUACGGGCGCGGUAUCUUCCCUCGUACGCAAACUUUGCCCCGCUCCCGUUCUACCGGCCACUCCGGAUCGACAGCCCCCCAUUGUGGAGCCCUGCUGCGCUUGUGAUGAAGCUAAGUAUGAGGUAACAUUCGAAGGACUGUGGUCCCGUAACACGCAUCCAAAGGAAUUCCCACCUGAAUCAGCAAGAGCGCAUUUCGGAGAUGUGAUUGGGGCGUCCCAUACUGCUCAAUUCAGGGUGUGGCAAGAGGGUCGAGUGGCCACCGCGGGACUGAGGCGGUUGGCUGAUGAUGGGACCACUACUUCUUUGGAGAAAGAGUUGAAAUCGGAGAGCGAACACAUACGCACUAUAAUCAAAGCUCGCGGCAUAUCCUGGCAACAAGUGGCCGGUACUGGGAUACCUAGUACUUUUGCAGUAUUCAGAGUGGACGCUAAGCACCAUCUAGUAUCGUUGGCGUCUAAGCUAGCUCCUUCACCUGACUGGAUUGUUGGUGUGUCUGCGUUGGAGCUGUGCAAUUUGAAUUGCACUUGGAGACGAUCAGCAGUAUUACCUCUGUACCCUUAUGACGCAGGAACGGAUAGUGGCAUUAGUUAUACAUCAAGACGCAGCCCAACAUUGCCUCCGGCGCCAGUCCGCGCGCUCCGCCCGGAGUGGCCGCGUGAUGUUCGCUCGCCGUUCUACAGCUCUACGGGCGAGAUGCGCCCCUUUGCACGCCUGCGACUUAACCGACUGCGCUUGUAUGAGAAGUCUUGUGAUGUUGCUGAACCUGGCAGUGAGCAAUCUCCCGAGGGUGUGAUCCGCAGUGGUGGGGGCUCCUGUGCCACUCACGCAUGGGGCCCCUGGGGCCCAUGUAGCGUCACGUGUGGUGAAGGCCACGCGGCCCGCCAGCGCCACUAUCUAUGGCCGGCGAGGGCAAAGGCCGACGCUUGUAGGACUCCACUUACUGACUAUAAACGAUGCCAAGGACCCAGGAUGCAUUGCAGAGUUCAAUCGGAGUACGAGCCGGAUCCCGCGGAGUCGUCGGGCCCGUGCGCGGUGUCGGCGUGGUCAGAGUGGUCGCGGUGCGCGGGCUGCGGCGUGCGCGCCCGCACGCGCCACUACCUCGCGCCGCGCGCGCUCAAGCGCUGCCACGUGGGCUUCCGCGCCAGGCUCGUGCUGAGCCAGGCCAUGCCGUGCGAGGCCGGCCCGUGCUUCAAGCCACCGGGACAAUUUGCAAAUGCAUCUAACUACGAUUGGUUCUUUGUGGAUAACCCUCGGGGCGAAUGUGCGGUAUCACCCUGGGGGCCGUGGUCACCGUGUUCCGCGAAGUGUGGGCGCGGUCGCCGGAUCCGGACAAGGUUAUACAUAUCGAAAGAUCCAAGGGUCCAGAAACUGCUUACGAGACGAUUGCUCAGCGACUGGAACCAACGCUUCGCGGAGUUCCAAAACUUGACAUUCCCUGCUGAGAACAUAACGAGUGACAAUCCGAACGUAGAUCUCCUAGUUCAGGAACAUCUAGACCGAUGUCAGUUUACGCUGACUCAGCAAGAGGCUCUUUGCGAUGGUGACGACAGCUCUUGUGAUGCUGGAGUUCCGUUUGAAAUAUGCAAAUUGCCAAUGUCAGUGGGGCCAUGCCGUAGCUACGAAGAGCGUUGGUUCUUCGACUCGACGCGUGGGGCUUGCGAGCCUUUUGGGUACACGGGUUGUGGCGGGAACUCUAAUAACUUUCGCGAUAGGCAGACCUGUGAGAAAGCCUGUGUUGGAAGGAAUGAUACUGGAACAGUUAUUCCCCCAGUAAUGGAGGCGAGCACUAAAAAGCUCAAAGCGACUCCGCCUGCGGUCGACAAUGAGGUGAUACAAAACGAUGCUCCACCGGUUGAAGACCUGAAUUGCGAGAUGGGCCCGUGGCUCGGCUGGUCCGAGUGUUUUGGCGAAUGCGAUAUUGCAGUUAAACUUAACUUCAGGCUCGUUAAGCGUCCCGCCUCCGGAUUAGGAAACCCUUGUCAGAAAGUAGUGAAAAGUCGUUCUUGUAAACCGAGACACUGUAAACAUAGUAACGUCUCAGAUACUUUAAACGUUGAAGAUAAUAAUAAUAACUAUGAAUAGUGAUUCAAUCAAUGUACUUGCAAAAUGUAUGGUUUGUGUAGGAAUCCAGCAAUAGUUGUGUGUUGAUCAAUUUAAUAUGUAAUUACCAUUUGUUUACACAUAAGUACCUAAAUCAAAAUAAAUGUUUUGUGGAA